CAAUGCAUUUACUUUUGAUUUCUUUUUUAGUCUUCUUACAACAUAGGAUCGUUUCUGUUUGUCUCUGCAGCCUGUUGACACUCAGGUGGGUACUUUAACACUUUACACACAGAGAAGCAGUGACAGUAUGGCUGAAGAGCGUGGAAAGUAUAUCUCUGUGUAUCUGGUGGACGACCACCUCACCCACCCUCCUCAGACGCCCACGGUGAAGGUGAAGCAGCGCUGUAGUGGACUGGAACUGGUUCUGCUGUUCCUGGUCAGCCUGGUUUUGUGUGGCAUGAUCAUACAAGCCUUCUUUAUCUACCGUCUGUACCAACCUGAGUCAACCAACUCUGGAUCAUCUUCUAAACUCAUCGGUGACAAGGAUGCAGGUGAGGACGAGCCUAUGGCAAAGAAAUGGGACAGACUUAUUGAUCCUCCAUCCAAACCAGCUGCACAUCUGACAGAUGGACUGGACGUAGUUCUUGGAAGUGAGAUUUUGACCUGGAGCCUGAAUGGAGACCCCCUCCUCUACAAACUGGACUACAGUGAUGGAAGCCUCAUCAUUCAGACUGAGGGUUAUUACUAUGUCUACUCUAAGGUUACUUUCUUAGACAAGAGUACAUUCCACCACUCAGUUCAUCGCAAAACUAAACUGUACACAGGUAAAAGUAUCGUCCUCCUGGAGUCCAGGAUGUACUCGAGCAGGUCUGGUAACAUCCAGUCCAACAGUUACCUCGGCGGAGUGUUUCACUUGUACAAAGACGAUGCCCUCUUUGUUAAAGUGAGCAAUACUUUGCAAGUUGUGCGGCACAAACACUAUGAAAAUGUCUUUGGCGCGUAUAUGAUUUGAGUGCUUUACAGAUGUUUCACCAAGAAUUUUGAAAGAAAGAAUGACAUACACUGCAAAAAUCAGAAUCUUACCAAGUGUAUUUUUCUCAUUUCUAGUCAAAAUAUCUCAUCACACUUAAAAAAAUAAGACAUAAUCACCUAAAGAGUAGCUUUUCAGU